AUGGCCAUGUAUCCUGUAGACGUGUUAUCAGAAGAUGCCAACGAGCAGCUCACCUCAGCAUCCGUCAAGUGCCUCUCGUCUAUAGACUCAGAUCCAGCUCAUGGGGAUUGGUUUUAUACUUCUAUACAACCCGAGGUUGCAAUAACAGCAAACAACAUAAAACAGCUGCAGGUUUUUAAUGACAAACCUGACUUCAUGGUGUGGACUCUUCAUCUGCCUGGUGAACCCCAACAAGUCGUCGCUUUGCAUCUAUUCGGAAAGUGGUGCCAUAUAAAUGAUGUGUUACGAUCAACAAACAAAUCUAGAAACGGCUUGGAAAUGGUGAAGUCCACGAUAGAGCGAGUCCUCGUGCUCGUGCUCAGUCAGCUGGUGGACAGAUUUCUUGAGGAGGCACAACUUUUUUCGAAUCAUUGCUCCAACGAGAUCUGCAAACUGCUGUGGGUGCAUGGAGAGGCAGUGGGCUUCUACAGCUUCAAGCCGAAAGGCAGUUUGUCUGAUAACUGCCUCAGCCAAUGUUACGAGCUUCCCGUCCUGGACACUAUCUAUGUGAGGCCCGACUGGAGAAGAAGAGGCUUUGCUUUGCUCAUGCUGGGAGACUUCUGUGAAACGUUCCCGAAUGAAGAGCUGCUGGGAGUCAGUGCACCUCUCUCAGUCGGCAUGGUGGCAGUGUGCAAAAAGUUUCUAAUUCAACGCAAAGAGCACAGAGAUGUUAUUUAUGAAGUUGAGGCUCCUGGCAGCUGGAUUCAGAGACGCAACAUCUGGCUCAAAAUCCAACUUGGACGCUACUCUCAAUCCAACAGCAGCUCGACGUCCCUGAAAGUAGAAGGGGACGAUGGGGACCAAUCAUUUCCUAAGAAUGCCACUCUUAAUUCCACAUUGAUACAAGAUCCAUAA